GGGCGCCCUUGGCUGCGGUUGUUGGGGGAGGGGAGGGCGGCCUGGCGGGGAAGAUGUCCGCCACUCUCCUCUCGCCCAUCGUUGAUUAUUACAACGAUGAGGAGGAGCUGGACAGCGUGGACGACGAGGACGACCGCAGCAUCCGGGGCCGCGAUUCGGAUGAAGACACAGAGGAUGCAAGUGAGACAGAUAUUGCUAAUAAGCAAGAUGAUGAAGACUACCUAGAAGUGAAAGAACAAAUGUACCAGGAGAAAUUAACAUCUCUAAAGAGGCAGCUACAGCAGUUACAGGAAGGUACAUUGCAAGAAUAUCAGAAAAGGAUGAAGAAACUGGAUCAGCAGUACAAAGAAAGAAUAAGAAAUGCAGAGCUAUUUCUGCAACUGGAGACAGAGCAAGUGGAAAGGAAUUAUAUUAAGGAGAAAAAGGCAGCAGUGAAGGAAUUUGAAGAUAAAAAGAUUGAGUUGAAAGAAAAUCUGAUUGCUGAACUCGAAGAGAAGAAAAAGAUGAUUGAGAAUGAAAGGCUAACAAUGGAACUCACUGGAGAUUCUAUGGAGGUUAAGCCGAUUAUGACCAGGAAGUUGAGGAGGAGACCCAAUGAUCCUGUCCCAAUUCCUGACAAAAGACGAAAACCUGCGCCUGCGCAGUUAAAUUAUUUGUUAACAGAUGAGCAGAUUAUGGAGGAUCUACGAACUCUUAAUAAGCUCAAAUCUCCAAAAAGACCAGCAUCUCCAUCUUCUCCUGAGCACCUUCCUAGCACUCCUGCAGAAUCACCAGCACAGAGAUACGAAGCACGGAUCGAAGAUGGCAAGUUGUAUUAUGAUAAGAGAUGGUAUCACAAAAGUCAGGCUAUCUAUCUGGAAUCCAAGGAUAACACGAAGAUUAGUUGUGUAAUUAGCUCAGUUGGAACGAAUGAGAUAUGGGUGAGGAAGACGAGUGACAGCACAAAGAUGCGUAUAUAUUUGGGACAGUUACAUAGAGGAGUAUUCAUUAUACGUAGGCGAUCUGCUGCCUAGCAUCAAACCAUAUUCUUGACAGAUCUUCUAUUAUCUCUCUGCUCAGAGAGUAACUCCUUCCUGUUUUUUUUAUAUGGAAAUCUGUAUUAAUACAAGCAAACUUAGUGACAGACUGAAGAACACAUGAUUUGAAGACACUCUUUUUCUAAUGCUGGUUUUGAUUGUGUAUAUUUUUAAGAAUAAAAUUCGCCUUUUCAAGGAUUUUUCUUUCCUUUCAUCUUCGUCUAAGAUGAAGUUGAGCAUUCUUUAGGGCUGAGAACUGCCAGUUAGUGGAUCAUUUCACUUAUUCCAGAUGACAAGAUGAAAACCAAUUUUGCUUCAUUUGCUGGACAGUCUGGGACCUCCGACCCGGAACAAUUCAGUCACUUUUUUUUUUGAAGACAAGUUUAUUUUGUACAUGCUGUUUAUUUUGUAAUAGAAUGCUUUACCAUGGUCACUAUUGGGCACUUGCCAAAAACACGCUUUUUUUUGUUUUUAAAUGUGUAUUAAAUAACCUUGGUUUUUUUUAAAAUAAAUCAACUUGAGUUUGUUUUGUGGUCUUCCCUGUAAGCGUUAAUAAAUCUCUUAUGGCGGUGGCAACUUUGAUUGUGUUUGGUACUGGAAGCUCUACUGUUAUUCCUUUUGAAGUGUUUUACAACCUCUAAGCUUGGAACAGAAUCAAGUCAAAUAAUUCUACUUUAAUUUAUAUUACUAACUUCAUUUGCCAGUGUACAGCUCUACUUUGAAGUUGUCAUCUGAAAAUGCUCAUGGGUGAUUCAGAAAGGCUUAAGCCUCCUCCCUUUUGGUUUGGCUCUCGGGAAACAUUCAAAUAUUUGAAAUACUUGUUCCUACUAAAACAAUUUUCAAUGAUUUGAUUAAAUCAGAAAUAUACUCCGUUUGUAAUUUGAUCAUGUGACAAAUUGUAUUUAAUGCAUUACCACUACGGUGCGCUUAGAACUGUCACAAAGGAUCUGAGAGAGGUUCUGUUAUCUGCAUGCCACACUGUAGCACACUCUCACAGUCUCUCUUGCGCACUGUCUCGCUGUUCAAUUUUUUUCCAAAAUGGAUUCGACAUUUGGUGCAAGGGGAUCUUAUUUUGAGAAGAAAAUCAUAGCAAAUUUAGUUUUUAUUUUGGUUCAUUGAUGAAUUUACUGUCUUACUUAAAUGGUACUGCUGCUAAAUCCUGUUUAUUAAUGGCACGAUCGUGUCAAGUUUGAAAAUAUUUGAAUUCUUCAGGCAACAAGGUGUUGAAAUUCAGUUGAUGACAUGCAACAAAACUUGUUCCAGUUUGCUGUGUCAGUAUCCUAAAAUGCCACAAUGGAUCAGUGAUUUAAUUAAGGAAACGUGUUUUUUGUUUUGUCAAUGUGGUAAUGUCAUCUUUCUAAAUGUCCAUUUUGACUUUUUUGUUUUUAAAGUGUUGGAGAAUAGUGUUACUGUACACAUGACCCAUGGUGACAUUUGAGUCACGGAUGUAAUUCCUUACGCAUGAUAAUUGAAUACAUCAUGACGCAUUAAUAUAAUGAAUAAUACAGUCAAGACUGCAAUUGCGUUUUAUUCACCUUUAUCAAUUGAAAUAAAAUUUUUGCACUGCU